AUGGGGAAGAAGAAGGCUAAAACGCUCUCUGCUCCCUUCCAUCAUUCCUGGCCCGUACCCCCUUCUUCCUCUCCGCCAUCUGCCGGCGUUCAAUCGAAAAAAAUCGGCUCUUCUUCUUCUUCUUCUUCUUCUUCUUCUCCUCCUUCUUCUUCUUCUUCUGUUCAGGAGCAGCUUGCGGCAGCGUAUGCGACACGAUUAUCGAGUUCAGGACUUGCCAGUCUCUCUCAUCCGCUGUAUGCUUGUCUGUAUCGACAAGACGCUGUAUCUCGUUCGUCCCCCGCCGCAGAUGGAAAUUUCCUUCAAGAAAUUCUCGAGCUCUGUCCGCUGCAGACGCCAGCGGCGACGCUGGUGGAGAGCAAGUUGUCGAACCGGGCAUUGCGCCUGGACUCUUUGCGGCAGAAGAGUUCUGAACAAGCCGUUGGUUCUGCGUCGGAGAGAAGGUCCCGGAAGCGGCGAGAAGGCCUGAAGCUGUCGCGGACACAGGCGAAGCGCCUCGGCCUUUUCGACGUGAGCCAGGAGACAGGCUGGGGCCUCUCCGCCACUGUGCAGAGACAACGCCGAGGGCAAAGGGCGCCUCCAGGCGAGCAUUUGCUUGCGUUUAUGUCUCAAGGAGACAAGCAGGGCGACCGAUCUCUCACAGGAGAGGACAAGGCGCCGAACGCGGACCUUCCGAGGACCGGAGAAAGCCAGCAAACAGAAAACUCAGAACAGAGAGACAAGACGAAGGUUCCCCCGGAGGCGGACGGGCAGAUGGAGGACGCAGAAUCUCCUUUCGCGUCUGUCACCUCUUCGCGUCUCUCUCCCCGUGCUCUCGCUUCCUCGGCUCCCUCUGCGGAGAGGACCAGUCCUUUCGAGGCUCUCCUCGCUUCUUCUUUCUCUGGACUUCGGUACGAACAUUUAGAGGGCUUGCAUGCGCUCUGGCUUGAGUACAUUUCCGCGGUGUGUGGGGCGAGGGAGGCGUCAGCGCCGCAGGGGGCCGAGGCCGUGCGGCGCGAGAGCCGAGAGGGCGGCGCGAGCUCGAGUUCGUUCUCGUCUGCACUCUCCAAAAAAGGUCGAAAAGAAGAGCGAAAAACGCGAGACGCAGCUUCCUGGCAAAAAGCUUUCGACCGCUGCACUGUCAUGAGCAAGGCGGACUUCCACGGAGCCAAAGUGAAGGUCGUUCGAUCCAAAACGCCUGCCCUUGUGGGGCGUCAGGGUAUCGUCGUCGAAGAGACGCAGCAAUCGCUGCUGCUGCUGGGAGAGGACCAAGUUCUGAGACGCGUGAUGAAAGCGGGCGCCGUUCUGAGCGUGGAAAGUCUUGACGGAAGUACAUUUUUCCUGCAUGCGCAGCAUUUGCAGCACAGCAGCGUCGGCCGCUCGAAGACGAAGCUGAAGCCGAAGCUGUCGCUGGCGCUCGAGUAG